AAAAAAAAAAAAAAACACACACACACCAUCUCCUCCCCCUUUGGAGCUAGCAGCCACCGCCACCUUAAGCGGGUCGUCAAGAGGCCAUUUCCGAGGCCAUUUCCGGCGGAAGCUCUUCUCGCCACCAACUCGUCCGGUUAGAGUGUCCGAGCCAACUCAGUAGGCUCUCUGGACACUGCCCUUAUUUGGGUUUAUUUCGGACUUUCGUUCAUAUUGCAAAAUAGGAUAUUGAAAAAAUAAUCCUGGCCACACGAUUGGACGAUUGGUUGACUUUCACCAGAUUCACAGGUUCCACGUGAGCACGUGCACUUCUCGUUCCUUGUUGCUUCCUCUUCAAUCUCCCUUCUUCAUGGCUUCCCAACCACCCGUCACCGCCGGUGCCACCGGCACCGCCGCCGCUUCCAUUCAGGAUAUCUUCGAUUCCUCUCUAAACCUCGAAGAAACCCACUUCAACGACGGCUUUACUGAAGGCUACAACGCCGGCUUAAUCUCCGGAAAAGAAGAAGCCAAGCAAGUAGGCCUAAAAUUCGGUUUCCAAGUUGGUGAAGAACUUGGGUUCUACCGGGGCUGUGUCGAUGUCUGGAACUCGGCAAUUGAAGUCGAUUCGACCCGGUUCUCUUCUCGGGUUCAAAAAAGUAUUAAACAGAUGGAGGAGUUGCUACAAAAAUACCCGUUUUUUGACCCGGAUGAUGAGAGUGCCCAAGAAAUUAUGGAUAAUCUGAGGUUGAAAUUUAGGGCUAUCUGCGCCACAUUGUCGGUGAAAUUGGAGUAUAAUGGGUUUCUCAAAUCUUCUUCGGAGGAAGGAGAAAGAAUGUUAAAGUUAAUGCUUGCAUGCUGCAAGGUAUACAUAUCUGAGAGCCGAAACAGGGCUGCACUUGAGUUGAUUGAACGAGCUGCCAGGCUAUUCCCAGAAGCCCCUAUUAUCAACAAGUUUGAAGAUGAGACUUACAAUAGGGUUGGUUACACUCUUGUCUCCAAGUUGGCUCCAAAGCCAUCUUCAGACACAUGUGCCUUGAGAGGUGCCGUGCUUGCCAUGGUUAAAGCUGCAUUUGAAGCCAUCAACCUUGAAAUACAUUGUGGAAACCAUCCCAGGCUUGGAGUGGUUGACCACAUUUGCUUUCAUCCCUUGGCUGAUGCCUCACUGAAGCAGACAGCUGGAAUUGCAAAGUCUUUGGCAGCUGAUAUUGGUUCCAAUCUUCAAGUGCCAACCUUUUUAUAUGGAGCAGCCCAUGAAGAGGAAAGGACUCUCGAUUCAAUAAGAAGAGAGUUGGGAUACUUCAAGCCUAAUUCCAGUGGAAACCAGUGGGCUGGGGGUAUGAUAUCAGAGUCUUCUCUAUUGAAGCCAGAUGUAGGUCCAGCUCAAGCAGCUCAAGCAAAAGGUGUGGUUGUAAUUGGAUCAACCCGGUGGGUUGAUAACUAUAAUGUCCCAAUUUUCUCUAGUAAUAUUGCUGCUGUUCGUAGAAUUGCAAAACGGGUAAGUGGUAGAGGAGGUGGACUUCCAUCAGUACAAGCCAUGGCACUUGCUUAUGGUGAAAAUGUCACUGAGGUAGCUUGUAACCUGUUGGAACCAAGUAGAAUUGGAGGAGAUCAAGUUCAGCUUGAAGUUGAGCGGCAUGCAGAAGAAGAGGGAAUGAUUGCAGGGAAAGGAUAUUAUACUGAUUUUUCACAGGAAAAAAUAAUUAAGAGAUACUUGGACUUUAAUCCAUUGUGUGAUUAGAAGAUAAAUGAUUAGGGAAACUAUUGUUCCAUGAGUGAACCAAAUAAGAAACUCUUCCAGUGAGAGAUUAUUUUCUCUUUUGUGAAGAGGGAUUUUUUGUUCUGAUCUUCUAGUUUGAAUGGUCAUUCAUAUGCCUGAAAUUUGUCUGUUCUAUUCAUUUGUACGAUCUUAAGAAGUUACAACUAUUUUCUUUUUUAAGGACUAUUCUCGGUAGAUACUUAACCUUGGAUCAACUGUGGAUUAGUGGGUUUAUCUUUCUUCUCC